AAUCCACUGAACUUAUAAGCUGUGUUAUUGCUUGCAAAGUGCAUGCCAGUAUGCACGGCGACUAGAGUCAUGCUACACCAGAACGGCCAUUUCGUUUGCCGAUUGCAUUCUGACACAUGAAAGCGAAUGCUUGUUGCGCACAAGUUGCGCAAAGGCGAAUGCCAUAGGCGUGAGCUCAUUGUGCAGACUCCUGGCCGGCUCGUCAUACCUCGAUGGAGCGGCCUAUCGUAGCGACGCAGCCCGCCCGCCUUGGGGAUGUUGCGAUGUCGUCACCGGGCUUAGCUAACUCGUACUUGCGCAGCGGCGAUGGUUGCCUCCGACUGCGCUCCGCGACGCCGCUGCUGCUGCCGGGGAGGCUAAAUGGCGGGCCGUUAUUCCCCGGCCCUGCACUUCCAGCACCAAGGCUGUCUCUGGCUAGCCGUCGUUGCUGGCUGCUGCUGCCCGCAUGCCACCGCCGUUUCCUGUCACCGCCUCUGCACACUGCUGGGGCGCCUAGAAGGAGCAGCUGCAGCAGCGGGUGCAGCGGCGGUUAUGGGGCCCACAGCAGCUCCAACGGCAGCAGCAGUUGUGUUGGCGUCAGCAGUGGCAGCAGCAGCAGCGGCGGUGGUGGUGGUGGUGGUCGGCUGGUGUGCACCCGGGCUGGAACGGAUGCGGGGUCGGGUGGGGUGACGUCACCAGGCGACCGCAGCAGCAGCAGCGGCGAUGACGAUGACGACGGCGGCGGCGGCAAAGAUAAUGACGACAGCAGCACUGGCGGGGAUAGCGAAGGAGGAGGAAGGAAGGCCGGGAACGAGGCAGCAACAGCAGCAGCAGCUGACGUUGAUGCACCUCCACCAGACAUUGUGACCACCGCCGCCGCUGCCGCUGCGGGCCCCGCUGCUGCUACUACUGGUGGCAGUGCUGUUUCGGCUGGUGGUGUUUCGAAGCCGGAAGUGGCCCGGGGGGACCGCACCCGCCUGCCCGGUAGCACCGCCACGCCAAGUAGCGGCGGCAGCGGUGGCAGUAGCAACGUAGCUGCUGCUGGUACUGCUGCUGCUGCUGCUGCUGCUGCUACCAAUGACGAACCCCGCGGCAGUAACAGCAGCAGCGGCAGCCUUGACAUUUCCGGCAGUAGCGGCAAUGAAACCACCACCACCACCACCACUAGCUCGACCGCCAACAGCGGCGGCGUCGCCUUGCCAUCCAUGGGCCCUACACCCGCCUGUGCUUCCUCCUCCUCCCCCUCCCCAGCCGCCCCCUCCCUCCCCUUCCUGGCUGGCUUCCGGGAGCGGGUGGGCGACCUGCGGGAGGUGCUGGUGGGGGCGGUGCAGGGGCUGGGCAGGUCGCUGGAUACAUGGUACACCCGGCUAGCGUUCGUGCUGGGGCUGCUGUGCGUGCUUGUGACGGGGGUGUUGAAUGCGGUGCUGGUGCCGGUGGUCAACGUGCACGUGCUGCCGGUGUGGGAGGCGAGGGCGGCGGAGGUGAUGCAGCGGCAGGUAUCCCUGGGCCGCAUCCGCUGGGUGGGUCUGGGCGGCGUGACGGGUCUGGUGCCGCUGGUGCGGCUGGGGCCGGUGUGGGUGGGUCCCCGGCAGGGCGGUCAGGAGCGCUCGCACCUGUCCGCCCCGCUGCUGCAGCUCUACCUGGAGCCGCUCAGCAGCGCGCUGUAUCGUCAGGCGGUGAUGAGGCUGCAUGCGGAGGCGCCGGAGGUCACGCUGGUGCAGGGUCCCAACUUCUCCUGGUGCGGCUACCCGGAGGACACCCAGGACAACGCGCGCAACUUCGUACCCGGGCUGGCAGGCGGGGGAGGAGGAGCAGGAGGUACGGCAGGAGCAGGAGGAGGACGGGGGUUGGCAGUGUCGGCGGCCAGGGGUGCAACACGUGGAGCAGCAGCGGCAGCGGCGGAGGCGGCGGCGGUUGGACAGGGACAGCUGGCGGCGCCACGUCAGCAUCAGCAUCAACAGCAACACCAGCCGCAUCAGCAGCAUCAGCUGCUGCAAGGCGCACACGUUACGAAGCCAGCGGCUCACUCGUCGCCGUCGUCGCCGCCGCCAGCAAAGCCGCCGCUGGCAGCGCUGGUGCACUCUCCCUUCCCGCCGCACCACUCUUCCUCUUCCCCUUCCUAUUUUUCCUCUGCUGCUGCUGCAUCCUCGUCCGCUGCUGCUGCUGCUGCUGGCAGCUUGGAUGCAUGGCCAGGUUGGAAUGGGGAUGCAUGCACGGCAGGCGCGGCCAGGGGCAGCACGACUGCCCUUUGGCCCUUUUGGGCCGAUCCGUAUGUAGCUGCUGCUGGUAAGGAGGGGCAGCAGCAACAGCAACGACCAGAGUUAGCACAGCAGCAGGGGCGGCGGCCGCAGCAAGAAGAAAGGCGGCCUACGAUGCAAGGGGACGGGCAACAGGGGUACCUGCAGCAGCAGCAAUUUGUACGGGAACUGUGGCUGCUACGGCUGCUUGAUAGCGCACAGGAGCGAUUGCAAACGGCCGUUUGUGAACGGUUGCUGGAUCUACCUGUCGUCGACUGGAUGCUACAACCGUUGCAACAGACUCAGCAGUUGCUACAGCCUCCGCAGCAGCAGCAGCAGCAGCAAGCGGCAGUAGCAGCCGACGCGGCUGCUCCUCAUGCAACAUCCGGGGUGGCUGCUACAACCGCUAACGACCUGUACGGGAGCCCCGCUGCCACUGACGUUCCCCGCAACCUCACACACGCCCUUGCCAGCACCAGCAGCAGCAGCACCAGCAGUAGCACCAGCAGUAGCACCAGCAGUAGCAGCAGCAGUACGACCACAGUGUCUUCAUCAUCGUCGUCAUCGCACCACCACAACCGCCGCGGCCGUCAGCGACCAAACCCGCCACUGACGUCAUUGCGGUCGACGUCGACAUCAUCGUCAACCGCGCCGCCGCUGGCUAGCGUCAGUGGCGCCGCCGCCGUACGAGGUGCCGUACAAGCGCUCCUUCGCGGCGCCAAUGGCGGCGCCGCCGCCUCUAGCGGUAACUUGCCGUCGUCCGCCUUACACUUCUCGUCGUCGUCAGCUUCCGCCGGUUCUUCUUCCGCCGCCGUCGCCGCGACUACACUGGCUGCCGCCGACGCGGAGGAGAGCUUGCCGCCGGUGGCCCUUGGGUCGGUUACGAUUCGUAACGGCAGCCUGCGGGUGUUCAUAGUGGGCGAGCUGCUGCCCCGCCACGUGGACUAUGUGAGCGGCAGUGCGGUGUUCGGGCGGCGCUACCGCAGCCUGGAGGUGGCGGUGGAGGGGGACGCGAGGGAGCGGCCGGAGGAGAGCGCAAAGUGCACCAUGGUCAACCCCAGUGCCAAGCGCCACCUGCGUCACGUGACCCCCGGGUCGGCCGCCGGUCCCUCGCCCCUCCGCCGCUUUGGCUGCGACAACCUGCCGCGGGACACCUCCACACGACUGCACACGGCACCGCCCAUCAGCGAGCUGGCGACAAUUGCAACUGCGCCAACUGCGAAUGCAAAUGUGACCGCAACAUCGAAAUCCACAUCGAAAUUCACAUCAAUGCCCACGUCGACGUCAGCCAGAGGUACGGCAGUUAAAACGUCGCCUCCGCCGCUGUUGGAGGUGUACAGCAGCGGCAAUGGCAGUGGCGGCGGCGGCGGCGGCCCAACCACUGACCCAUGGGUCGCUCGCUACAGCGAGCUGGUGCGCCCCCAGCGCGGCAAGUUCAACAACAGCAGCAACGCCGAGGGGCCUCAGCAGUACCGGCUCCGGACGUACGGCAUCCUACAACGGCCGGAAGAGCUGGCGAGACAGAUGAAGGCGACGACGACCUCAGAUUCUACCUCCGCCCCUACCUCGGCCGCCAGCGGCAGCCGCAGCAGCGGACACGUGAAGGUAGCUGCUGAAGCGGCGGCAGCGCCGGCGGCGGCGGCCAGAGGUGCUUCGAUAACGGACGAGGGUGGUGGUGGUGGUGGUGAUGGCGUGGGUGGUAGCAACAGGAGCAGCGGUGACAGCACCAGCAACAAGGGUUCAGGUCGGGAGGCCGAGCAGGGGGAUCGGAAGCAGGUGAAGGAGGCUGCUGUUGGUGGUGGCGGAAGGGCGGCUAAGCGAAGGCAGCGAGGGCCCUCCCUGCAGCCCACAGGCGGCCACCUCUCCGUCUCCCUCACCGCCCGCGGCCUGGGCGGCCCCCCUCCCGGCAGCACCGCCAGCUCCUGGCCCGACCUCUCCCUCACGGUGCGCGGCGGGCGGCUGCACGGCCCCCUGCUGGAACGGCUGCUGGAACUGCCCCUGGACAUCCACGCGGGGCGGGUGGACGGGGAGCUGAGGCUGCGGUGCCAUGAUGCGGCCAGCUGGCAGUUCCCGGAGCUGUACGGCAGGAUCAAGUGCAGGGGCGCUGACUUCCACUUCUGGGACGCCCCUGACGACAUCGUGGGUGCUGACGUGGACCUGGUGCUGGAGCGCGGCCGCAUGUACCUGCUGGGGGCGGUGGGGCGCUUCGGGGCGGUGCCCAUCAGCAUCACCGGGGACAUGGACCUCAACCCGGAGACGGGGACGUACAGGCUGCAGUCCAACGUGCCGGGUGCGGGGGUGGAGCUGAAUGCGCUGCGGGCCUCGCUGGGGGUGCGGCCGCUGCCGGUCAGCCUGGCAGGGGCGGUGCGGGGGGUGCUGCACUGCACGGGACCGCUGGAGAGACCCAUUUUCUCAGGCAGUGCGGUGGCGGUGCGCCCCUCCCCGGAGCAGCUGGCAGCGGGACUGGAGGCGUGUCCGGCGCUGGAGGCGCUGGUGACCCAUGGGUCGGCGGUGGGCGCGUAUGACAAGGUGCCGCUGCUGGGGGCGCAGGGUGUCUUCACGCUGGACAUGGCUACCCAGAUGCUCAAUCUCCACUCCGUCCAGGUCACUCCCGACGGCGGCGGGUCGCUGGUGGGCAGCGGGCGCAUGUGGCUGGCGCCCGCCGCGGAGGCCGACCCACGGGCCAUCAGCAUCAGCGGGGAGGCGGCGGGGGUGGACCUGGACCGACUGGCCCGCUACUACCUGCCGCAGGACUUGGUUCUCCCCGAGGGUGUUCGCCUGGGUUCCGGAGCGGCGCGGGGCGCGCUGGCCGGCAGCCACCUGGCCCCCGAGGUGCAGCUGAGCGGGGAGGCGCCGGGGGCGCGACUCAGCGCGGCAGCGGCGCUCAGCCAGACGUCCAUCUCCCUGUCCGCCCGCAGCCCCUCCUUCUCGCUGGACGGCUGCCUGCUCACGCGGGUGCCCUUCCUGCAGCAGCUGAGGGCGGCGGACACGCAGGCUGAGGCCACCUACUACGCGCGCCCUCGCUUCCGCGGCGCCUCCCUGCAGCUGCACUGCCCCUCCCCCGGUGUGGACCUGCUGCCCCUCGCCACCGGCCCCGCCACCCCCCCGCCCUUCGACCCGCUGGCCGCCAACCAGCCGCUUCACUGCCGGGUGGCGGGGCACGUGGGGCUGCAGCUGGGGC